AUGAGUUCUGUAUCACAAGACUUACUAAAAGGUAUCUAAAUUGAUAACCUGAUGCAAGUCACAUUAAAUGAGAACACUUUAAAAAAUAAUUUUGAUACAAUUAUAAAGAUACUUUCUGCUCUUAAAAACGAAGUUGGCUCAUAUAGCACAAAGAUAAUGAAUGUUGAAAACUAAUGCUCAUAAAUUAAUGCUUAAGUAACUGGAAUAAAGGAUGAUGUUGAUUAAAUCAAGGACAAUGAAAAAGAAAUAAUUAAAAACCUUCAAAAUUAAUAAGAGAAGACAGAAAAGAACACCAAUGAUAUCUCUGAAAUAUAAAAAAAGCUUUAAAAACAUGGUGAAACUCUCAAUUAGCAUCAAUAUGAAAUUGAUAGUUUAAAAGAAAAACUCAAAAAUGUUGAUUUCGAUGAACUGAAAGAAAUACAAAAGGCUUUCCCUUCUCUACAAAAAGAAGUCAAUCAUUUUAAUCAAAUGAGCAAAGAGUUUUCUGAAGAAAUCCAAAAAAUAAAAGAAAAGUUAGAAUAACUAAAUAGUAAGUAGGACUAUCUAUAAGUGAUUCUCAACAAUCUCAAUGAUAAAAAUAACAACAAUAAUAACAGCGGUAACAGUCAAAACAACCUUGGUAAAUAAGGUAGUUUAUCAGAUAGAUAGAAUGAAGGUGCUAACUCUAAUACUAAUAGAAACGGAAAUUCACAAAGCAAUUUAAAUGAUGGUAACAACAAUUUUAGCAAUGAAAUGAUUGAUAAGAUACUCCAAGAUAUAGCCAAGAUGAAGAGCCAAUUUGUAACCAAAGAAGAAUUAAAGAAGGAUUAAGAUAAAUAAAGCAAAGAAUUAAUGGAUGAAAUAAACAAAAUUGUACAAAAAUUGCAAAAAUAAAUUGACGAUAGAGUGAAAUGUGAUGAUUUUGAUAAACUCUACCUUUUCAUAUAAAGCAGAUUGAAUGAUGGUAAAUAAAUUAAACCUGAAGAAUUAGAUGAAUUAAAUCAGGCUAGUGGAGGUUUAUCUACUAAAGAUAAAAAUCUAUUAAAUAAUUUGCAAGAAAAAAUGGAAGACUUAGAAGGCUUUUUAAAUGCCUUGCGUGAGGAAUUACACAAUCACAUCGAAAAUUAUGAUUUAAAUAAGCAAAAUACUGACAGCCGUCUUGAUGAACUAGAAAAAAAUAUGCUCCAAACUGCUAAAUAAGACGACUUAAAAAGACUAAGAUCUGAAGUUAAGAGUUUAAGAGAAAGCUUAGAUAAAAAUGUUGAUAAGACUAAUUAAUUAGAAGUUCUCAUUAACGAAUUAAGAAGGCAAUUAAAUAAACUAAGAAAUUUAAUAGCUAGUCAAAACGGAGGUGAGUUAGAUGUUAAUCUUUUAAGCCCAACCAAUGCAUUAGAUGGAUAUGGUAAAGAUGGAAUCAAUCAAAAUUCAGAUUAAAACAAUAACAACAAUUAAAAUAUGAACAAGAAAGAUAGCCAAAGUGGAAAAAAUAGUAAAUUAAAUUCUCUUCAUGAAGGAAGCAAUAAUAAUAAAGAUAGCAAUAAUAACAAGAAUAAAAAUAAUGAUAGCAGUAAUAAUAAUAACAACAAUAAUAAUAAUGGUAACAAUAAUUCAGGUGAUAGAAAUAUUCACAUAUAUGGUGGAGAUGGAUCAAAUAGCAACACACAUAAUUAAAAUGCAAAUAAUAAUAACAAUAACGUAGACUGGGGAUAGGCUAUUGAUGAGGUUAGAAAUGAGUUAUUAAUUCUAAUCAAUUAGUUAAAGGAUUUAAUUGACAGAAAAGCAGACAAGGAAGAUUUAUAUGGAUUAGAGCAAAUGCUUCUUGGAAAGCUUGACGAAGUAGCUGGUGCAGUGCUAAAUAAACUUAAAACAAGUGCAAGUGGUCCUGAAACAGCUAAGAAGUUCUCAGAACUUGAAAAGAAGAUUACAAAUAUAUAUAAUAUUUUCUUCAGCAAAGACGAAGGUGAUGAUGGAUUAAUUGUCAAGAGACCUCUUAAUAAGUGGAGUUGUAUUUCAUGUGACAAAAGCUUAAACUAAUACAAGGGAAAAUUAGGAAACUAUCAUAAUUGGGCAAUAUUCCCUCCUAAAGAGACUUCACCUGAAAAGAUGGGAAGAUAUGGGUAAUCUUAUUCAAAGAAUUCUGAUAAAAAGAUGAUAAAUACUUCAAGUUCAAAGAAGGCUUUAUCAAAUAAUAGAAUCCCUUCUGAUAGCAAGCUUCCAAAUCUACCUUCAUCUUAAAGAGAUGACUUUGUUGAUGGCAAAAAUUUAUUCUAUAAAACUUCUGGCAAUUCUAAUCCUAACCUAUUUACUCCAAAAUAGGAUGGAAACAAUUCUUAUCAAAAUUGA